AAGCUUUGGAAUUUAGCGUAAAAAUAUGAGGAAAUAACAAUGUCUGCGGAACAAACCAGGAACAGUUCAUCUUCAAGAGGAGAAACAAGACGGUCAACAGCCGGUUUCUUGGCUUCUGAGAGCGAUGAUCGUUUUUUUCAGUCUCUGUUUGAGUUUAUUGAACUUGAGAAACGGUUCCUGCAGAGUCCGGAAAACGGUCCGGACGAACUCCGAUACAUUAUCUACCGCUCUGUGUUUAACAAGGUGAUUGCACAAGCGACGGACUAUAAGAGACUGCUGUUGACCAUAAAGGCUGAGUACGAUGAUAUCAUCCAGGAGCUGAAAAGGAGGAACGAUGAAGUCAGGGGAGCUCAGCAAACUGUGGCGGCAUCGAUGUCAUGUCCAAAAUCACUAAUAACCUGUAAGAGACGGGCCAAUCAGCUGAGGGACAGAAUCUCUGAGCUUCAGAGGGAAACAUCAAGACUUCAAGAGGAGCUCCAGAGACAGAAAUCCUCUAAAGAUCAGAGCACAUGGACACCAGGUACAACCACUGACACUGACCCAGGGUUGACGGUAUCUGAGUCUGAGGAUCCUGAAGCUCUGGACAGACAUCUGCAGCACCUCCAGGUCCAGAGAGCUGCUCUAAUGGACAGGAAGAGUCACUGUGUCUCUCUGGAGGUCAAAGCCGAGCUGGACGCCAAGCUGCAGACCGCCGAGUCCCACAGAGACCAGCUGAGCAGCGAGAACCGCCGGCUGAAAGUCCUGAGCAGGCGUCUAUGGUCUGUGUGUGACUGUCUGUCCAGCUGGGAGGAGGGGGAGGGGGAGGGGCAGGUUCCUCUAGAGGAACUCGUGGGUUCCACUCUGGAGAACAUCAGACAGAACAGAGUGACAGAUGAUGACGCUGAGCUCUUUGAGGAGGAGCAGCCGACCGGAGCUGACGAGGCCGAGCUCCUAACCGAUCACUUGGACAGGUUCAUUGAGCUCUUUGAUUUAGCUCAGUAUGAGAAGGCUGCUCUUCUCGCAGCCACUUCUCCUGGAGGAGUCCUGAGGAACCUCCACACCAUGACCAUGUUUAAAGCUGUGCAGGCCCCCCCGGGGUCGGUGCCCCCUCCCCUCCUGUUCUUCCAGGCUCUGCUGAUGACGCUCCCAGACGGUGUGGAGCUGUCAGCGUCUCUCUCGGUGGUGGGCGUGGUCUUGGCUCUGCAGCGUGGCGCCUCGCAGCUUGUUGUUCACGCCGUCACUCAGAACAAAAUCAGCUUCACCGAGCACCUGGGAGAUAUCCUCACUGAGCACGCGCAGAACAACCCCGGCGUCGCCGACCUGUGUCUGGCGUUGGCCACCAUCAUCUAUGAGGCCUGCGGGCUGGACAGGAAGACGGCAUUGAGCAUGUGCAAGAGAGGCCUCAUCUGCAGUGCUGCCGAGUUCAUGAAGCACCGCAACAAGCUCACAGCUGAGGACUGUCUUUGGGUUCUGUGUCGCUCGCCCAGCCUCUCUCUCCUCCAGCUGUUGACGAAGCAUCGGGGGCGGGGCCGGGCGGCCAUCUUGUCAGUGGGUGGCACUUGUUCCACUCUGUUGGUUGACCAUCAGCAGUGGGAUUUAGCUUUCCAGCUGCUGGACGGCUUCGUCAGCCAAGGACAGGGUGUGCUACAGGACGUGAUCCUGGAGGACAGCGACUCUUCAGUGGAAGUCUGGAUCCUCAUUGCGUCUCUGUGCUCUGAACUAAAGCGGGCCGACCUGAGCCAGGACAUCCUGUCUGUCCUGCUAGACCAGGGUGGGACCAGAGUCCUGUCCCCAGAUCUGGAAGGAGCCGGCCUCAUGGAGCAUGUCUUCCUGUGAAGACUGAGAGUCUCCACUGUUUUAACCCUGUUCUUCCUCUAGGUAAAUAUCUACAGGACUCUGAAGCCUCUGUGUUUAGGAAAAAAAUCCAAGGACCUUUCAAUAACGUUCAGUGACGUUGAAUGUUUUGUGUGAAAUUUGAAGACUCAAAGUAAAACAUCACCAGGUGACAAAAGAAUGAAAAAACAGAUUCUGUAUUUUCUUUGUUUUCCUCUCAGUGAAUAAGCAUCCUCAGUAUGAGACUCACACACACACUCUCUGACCUUUGACCUUUGGCUGGUGGCAGAGAAAUGACUCAGGUAAAAAAUCUGAAAUAGUGACAGCUGAUGUCCAGCAGGGGGCAGACACAUCCGAAAACAGGCUGAGAUUCACUUCAAACACAGAGGUCAGACAAUUCUUACAACAACAACAACAACAAUAAGGACAGUGUCGUUGUGUUCCUGUUCUCAUCAUGGGGAAAACCUCUGGAACAUUUUCCUUCUUUACAAAGUUUGAUGAGAAAACUCUUUGAUAGAAUGAACAAAAGAGGAAGUUACCUGGAGGUGGGCAGGACAUCCUGGACUCUGUGCCCACUUGAU